GCCACUGCGCGUGGUUGGUGCGCGGGUCCCACCCCCACCACGCUCGAACACAGACCAUACUCGAAUGGGUUCACCAGCGAGCAAGGAAGCGAGGCCGCGAAGGACGCAGCCAGCGCGCUCGGGCGUGUUCGACGGAUCUCGAGACUGUUCGAAGACACACUUCGACGCCAGCGCUCUGGAGGCCGAUGCUGACUCGGUGGACCCGGACCAUGCUGGCCUCUCCUUCGAGCAUGUUUCUGCUUCUAGCCUCCCGCCGCCGGGUAUGUGUCAGCCGUAGACGUCAGUCCGCUCUCGGGCGAACUCGUUACCUCACCUCGGCGGUCGGCUGCCUGGGACGGACUCAGGUGCGUAUUUAAUCUGCGGCCAGAGGGCGUCGAAGAGCAU